AUGUCGGAGACAAACUCGAAUCUUAUUGCAGACACCAAAGAGCAAAGCAUCGAUACGCCCUCCGAUUCCCAAGAUGAAUUGGUACCAAUCAAAUACCCAUCUGGGCCAAUUUUGGUCUUAAUUGUCAUCGCAUUGAUGUUGAGCAUGUUCCUGGUGGCGCUAGAUAUGAGUAUCAUAUCCACUGCAAUCCCCAAAAUUACGGUUCAAUUCAAGAGCAUGGACGAUAUCGGCUGGUACGGCAGUGCUUUCUUCUUGACUCUCGCCGCUUUCCAGUCACCCUGGGGUCAUGUAUACAGGGGCUUCUCCCUGCGUGGCUCUUUUCUGACAGCCAUUGGCAUGUUCGAAAUUGGAAGUUUGGUGUGCGCUUUGGCGCCAAACAGUAUUGCGUUGAUUGUUGGGCGGGCCAUCCAGGGCAUGGGAGGAGCCGGUCUCACCGGCGGAUGCUACACCAUUGCAGCCUUCAUUGCGCCCCCAAAGACAGUUCCCAUACUCAUCGGUUUAUUGGGAUCCACAUUCAGCGUAGCGAGUAUUGCUGGACCUCUACUAGGAGGUGUCUUUUCGCAGCAUAUUACCUGGCGUUGGUGCUUCUAUAUUAACCUCCCCAUCGGUGGCGUAGCUGCCGGAGUCUUGCUUCUCUUCUUCCGCACCCCCGAACAAGCCAAAUCUGGAAUGGGAAGAACAUUGAAAGAAAAGCUAGAACAUUUCGACUUUAUCGGUCUGGUAGUCUUGCUGGCAGGUUUGAUCUGCUUUUUCCUGGCGCUGCAGUGGGGAGGAGUCACGAAACCGUGGAGCGACGGCUCUGUCAUCGCUUGUCUUGUUCUCUGGGUUGUCUUGACCGGUGCUUUCCUUGGUAUUGAGUGGUGGCAGAAAGACCGUGCGCUGAUGGUCCCACGACUAUUAGCAAAUAGGAAUAUCGGCGCCUGUUGUGCCUAUAUCUUUUUCCUCAAUGCCGCCAAUUUCUCCUUGAUCUAUAACCUUCCAAUCUACUUUCAAGCUAUCAAUGGAGACUCUCCAAUGACAAGCGGGAUCAAAAACAUCCCAACCAUCCUCUCAACAUCCAUCGCAACUUUCAUAGCAUCCUCCAUUGUCACCAAGGUCGGAUACUACCAGCCAUUCUUGCUAGCCGGCAGUGUAUUAGCCACUAUCGGCGCUGGUUUGAUCUACACCUUUAGUCUGACAUCCGGUCUGGGCCCUAUCAUCGGAUAUCAAAUUCUUUACGGCACAGGGACUGGACUCGCGGUUCAGAUCCCGGUUGUUGUAGCAGGAGCAUUGAGCUCAGCAGAGGACCAAUCCAUAACCAUUGCGACUGUUCUAUUCUUCCAAUUCAUCUCGGCCGCUUACGGUGUUGGCUCCACGGACUCGAUCAUGAAUAACCUACUUCUGAAAAGUAUCCCCAAAUACAUGAAGGGUGUCAAUCCUGAGGAUGUCAUUGUUGCCGGGUCAAGUGGGCUUGAAGAUGUUUUCUCGGGCUCAGCGCUUCUUGGUGCGCGACGCUCGUACCUUGAGGGUCUACAUGGCAGUUGGGCCAUGGGAAUUGCACUCUUUGGUGUGACAUUUUUGUGUGCCCUCAUUCCAAAGCGUGGAGGCAAGGUCCCGGGACCGGGUGAGGGUGGGAAGGACGACCAGGCUAAAUUUGUUCCUAUGGUGUAG